AGAGACACGUCGUUGUUCUUAUGUUUUUAAUGCUAUAUUUUUUUUAUACUCUUUGAUUCAAAGAAUGGAAAUAACUAAAAAUAGCCAUAUGUUAUUGCUUUAGAUAAAAAUUUAUAGUUGUAAAUUGAUACAGUCAUUCAAUGCAAAAUUGAGUACUUGGAAUCCGGUACCUACACAUAUUUUAAAGUAAAUAGUAGAUUUUUUUGAUUUUGUGUAAACAGCCAACAUAUAUUUUUUAAAUUUGUGUCGAAUCAAUAAAAUAUAAGUCAUAAAUAGACUAUCAGCUAUGUAGUUACGUAGCAAAUUAAUCUGCUAUUGGCUGCUAACACCAUGACGGUUCCUAAAUAUCAACAGCUGCCGGUGAAUUCUGAACUAGAUGAAAGUAUAUUGGAAAGCAAACCCAGAGGAAAAUGGUCUGAUGUGUGUUUCCAAAAGGGGCUUCUGUCUCUGGGUUUGAUUUUAUUAUAUUUUUCUUUAUCAAUUGGCCUUACAUUUUAUCAGAGAUGGCUUUUAAAGGAUUUUCAUUUUCCGCUUACAGUUGUUAUGUAUCACUUAAUAGUAAAGUGGCUUUUAUCUGUGUGUGUCCGAUUUGUGGUUGGAAUCAUUACUGGUCAACCACAACUUGUUCUUCCAUUUAUCACCUGCCUUAGAUCUGUAGGACCUACAGGCCUAGCAAGUGGGAUUGAUGUUGGAUUUUCUAAUUGGGCUCUGGAGCUAGUUACCAUAUCCCUAUAUACUAUGACAAAGUCAACAACUAUAAUUUUUAUUCUUGGAUUUGCUAUACUGCUAGGUCUUGAAAAGAAGUCAUGGUCACUAGUUGGGAUCGUACUAACUAUUGCAACUGGACUCAUCAUGUUUACGUACAAUGCAACACAAUUUAACUUGAUGGGUUUUGAUUUCCUACUCCUGGCGUCUUUUGCUGGGGGUCUACGUUGGACAUUCGCUCAGCUCCUCAUGCAGAAAUCUAAACUUGGCUUACAUAACCCAGUAGAUAUGGUAUUUCAUGUUCAACCUUGGAUGUUCUUUUCUCUACUUCCGUUUAUGCUUGCUUUUGAAGGAUUCAAGUGUUUUGAAAAAGUAAUUGCGCUGGCACCCGCAGAAUUGUUUCCAACUGUACUUAAAGUUACAGUUGGAGCAACCAUAGCAUUUGCAAUGGAAAUUAGUGAAUUUCUUGUUGUAACAUACACAUCUAGUCUGACUCUAUCAAUUGCUGGUAUAAUUAAGGAAUUGUGUAUUCUAGUCUUAGCGGUAGAAGUGAGUGGCGACCAACUAAGCCCCAUAAAUGUUGUUGGUUUGGUUGUCUGCUUAAUGGGUAUCAGUGGACAUAUAAUACACAAGGUUUUGGUAAUUAAAAGAGUGGCUGGUACAGUUCGCAUCUUAGAAGAUGACGAUUUUGUAAAUAUCGGUAAGACUAGAGCACCUAAGGCGAAAGAAAGGAGUGAACCAUUGUUAGAAAAUCAGAAAUGGCAAGAAGCUAGCGAUGAAAGUGAUAUAGACAGUAGUCUAGUCAUAUAUGAAAUCAUGCAGAGGCGAGAUGGUAGUUAAAAGCAUCACAGGUGAAUCGUUUGCGAAUAAUAUUUAUUCCCACUGGCAAUGAAACUAUUUUAGUGAUAUAGAUUGUAUUUAAAGCAUAUUAUACCAUGAAGAAAAUAUUUUUAAUAUGAUCGUAUAUUGAAAUCCCCUAAUACAGUAUAGCAUCUCCAUCAAUAUAAGAAUAAGGAAUGCCUUUUACAAUAUUAAUUUAUUGUUGGUUGCCUUAAGAGUGACAUAUUUUUUUAUAAAUCGAUACAUUUACAAAGACAUCAUUAAAUGAAAUAUCAAAGUAUAAAUAUUAUUGGGCUAUUAGAUAUAUGUAAUUUUAAUAAACAAUUUCUAGCAUCUAGUCUAGGCCAUGAAAUACAUGUGAGUAUUAUAUUAAAGCAUAUGCUUUUAAUGUGCUUUGUACUUUAACUUCAAAUCAUUCCAAUUUAUAGUAGGUAAUAAAAAAGUAUUGUUUUUCUUUUUGUUAUUGUUUAUUUAUUUGUUUAGAUGAGUUAUUUAGUGUGGUUUGAAAGUAUUGUGGCAAAUAAGGCUGUAUUCCACUUUUACCUACAGCCUCUUGUGAGUUUAAUAAUUAGGUAAAGAUAGUCUACACAUCAUUCUUGCCUUUCAGCUGGGUUUCCAACAAAAACUUAGGUGAACAAACACAUUCUUGCAUUUAAAGGUUGUAUAGGUGGUUGUAAGAAAAUAAAGAGUAAUAAAUAGUAAUACUUCCAUCGCGUAACAAUUUAUAAAUUACAUUUAUUAUUUAUUUAUUUGUCCGCGAACUUUUUAUUAUAAAUUAAUAAUCAAGAUGGUUGCUCUCGGUGUCCGAAACCUAAUAAUUCCCUUACUAUGCUAUUUUUAAAUAUUUCUUCUUUCUUUAAUUUUAUAAUGUAUAAAUUUGUUAAUAAUUUUAAGUUACAGGGUAUAAAUAUAUUGUUAUGUAUUAGUUUCGAUUUAACGCAAAUUUAAUGAACAGUUUGAUUUUAUAGUGUUGUUUUUUAGUUGUAUAAGGGUGUAUAACAUUGUAUUCUGGAGAGGUGAAGCAUAAUUUUUUUAAAUACGCUUAUCACAGCAGAAGAAUUAAAAUAUAGCCUCUACGAUAACAUAUUUGGCAUUUAUAAUAGGAUGGUACGAUUGGUCAGGUUAUAAAAUAAGAAGAAAUUCACGCACAUUUAAGUGAGUUUCCGGGUUUUGAAGAUAUUUUGAAAACCCAGAAGGCAAAAUAUCUCAUGCUUUUUGUAACUUUUACCAUAUUUUGUAUAAAAAAAACGUUUACAGUUGCUUUUUUGUUAAGGCUCCCAUAAAACAAUAGUUACUUAAAUAGUAGUGGACCUUAACUUUUAUUAUACUUGUUCAACGUUUAACACCACAUCCACGAUGACUUCCAGUAACAGUAGAAAAUACUUAACUUGCCUAAGAAUUGCGUACGUAAAAACGUAAAUUUAUUAGAAAAUUAUUAUUAUUUAUUUUUCAAGCAAAAUUAUCAGCAAAUGGCUUAUACUUAUCGGUUAGAUUAAAUAUACACUAAACAUGUUUUAUAAUGUUUGAUAUAAAUUUUGUAUACAAUUUAACGUAGUGAUGUAUAUACGAUAUACUUGUGGGUCUUAUAGCGGUCCUUCACUGGAUAAAUUUGCCGGCAAUACUAAUUAUUAAUAAAAAUAUUUGACCCAAGAAAUCCACCACAUAGGGCCAUACCUCACCGAGAUGCUAUGGCGACGUGGCCAGCGACUUCACCGUGGCUACGUCUAGCGGCCCUGCGUCGCCAGACUGAGUCGCCAAAUCGCGUCGCCAAUGCAUACAGUUCUGUCUCGACUCAAAAAUAAAUUAUAAUAAAAUUAGCAAUAAAAUAAUAAUAAAAUUAUUAUUAUUAUUAUUUACGGCGUUACGCUGGCCAUAGACGGACCGCAUAUUGCAGCUGAGACCGACAGCUCUAGAGCGGUCGCCGCACGGCGAUCUGCAGUUUCCAUACUAAAUUCAUAUCAGCAAUACACGGACCGCUCGAGCAGUUCCUGAGCGGUCGGAGCAGUCGCUCUGCGGUCGAGUUUCGCCGUGCGGUCUACUGCUUAGAGCUGCCAGACCCACCAUGAACGGACCGCUACAAGCGGUUGCUGCCGACCGCGCGACACUUCCCUCCCGCUCCCCGCUAAGUACCAGGCAUCUCGGUGAGGUAUGGCCCUUAGUUUAAAUGGUGAAUUUCGAGCCAUUUUCUAUUACGUACUGAUAAAGUUAGCGGAACUGCCCUAAAUACGCCAUGGUAGGGACCGCCUUGAAAUCCUUAUCACGUUGUAAAAGCAAAUCAAUUAUAUUAAAUUUAAUAUACAUGA